AAUAAUAUAAUAAUAAAUAGCAACAGAAAGAGCAACAACACAACAAAAGAAGGAGCCAAUUCGUAAUAAUUAAUUAAUAAUAUUAAUAAAAAUAAGAGAGAGGCUCAUUAGCAAAACAAACACCACCAAACCAGGGCUGUGAUGGCAUUGGUGGGCCCAUGCACUGCUGAGCACUGCACUUUGACUAUGGAAGCGGAGGCUACUGAUGGAUACAUGCCAUGUGACCAUGAACAUUCGCCCGAAAGGGAGCACUCCAAUAUGGCAAUCGACCUCACCUCAAGCACACCUAAUGGGCAGCAUACCUCACCAAGUCACAUGACAAGCACAAACUCCAUAAAGCUAGAAAUGCAAAGUGAUGAUGAGGAUUCUGACAGGAAGCCCUCGAGGCGGGAAGACAGAAUCAGGGGUCAUGAUGAAGGGAGCAGCUUGGAAGAGCCUCUCACAGAAAACCAUGAGAUGUUGGAGAACAGAAAAAUGCAGGAGCUGUCAGGCGAGGGAGGAAUCCGGCUUCCGAAUGGUAAACUGAAAUGUGACGUCUGUGGCAUGGUUUGCAUUGGGCCCAAUGUGCUUAUGGUGCAUAAAAGGAGUCACACUGGUGAGCGUCCCUUUCACUGUAACCAAUGUGGAGCAUCCUUCACACAAAAGGGGAAUCUACUGAGGCACAUCAAAUUACACUCUGGGGAGAAACCGUUCAAAUGUCCCUUCUGUAGCUAUGCUUGCCGAAGAAGGGAUGCCCUCACAGGACACCUCAGGACACACUCUGUGGGUAAACCUCACAAAUGUAACUACUGUGGACGGAGUUACAAGCAACGUAGUUCUUUGGAGGAACACAAGGAACGCUGUCACAACUACCUUCAGAAUGUCAGUAUAGAAGCUACUGGGCAAGUCAUGAGUCACCAUGUACCUACUAUGGAAGAUUGUAAGGAGCAAGAACCUGGGAUGGACAACAAUGUUACUCUGGUGCCUUUUGAAAGACCUGCUGUUAUAGAGAAGCUGACAAGCAACAUGGGAAAGCGUAAAAGCUCCACCCCACAGAAGUUUGUGGGAGAGAAGCUCAUGAGAUAUGGUUAUCCAGAUAUUCAUUUUGAUGCGAACUUACCCUAUGAGAGAGAUGCUGAACUGAUGCAAUCUCACAUGAUGGACCAAGCGAUCAACAAUGCAAUCUCUUACCUUGGGGCAGAAGGACUUCACCCACUGAUGCAGCAUACACCAAGCACAAUUGCCGAUGUGGCCCCUGUCAUAAGCUCAGCUUAUGCUCAGGUCUACAACUCUAACAGGAUAGAAAGGCCGAUGAGCAGAGAAACUACUGACAGCAAUGAAAACAACAUGGACGGCCCUAUUUCCCUCAUCAGACCAAAGAGUCAACCCCAGGAAAGAGAGGCUUCUCCCAGCAAUAGCUGCCUGGAUUCCUCUGACUCAGAGAGCAGUCAUGAAGACCACCAGUCCUUCCAAGGAAACCCUGCCUUAAAUCCCAAAAGGAAGCAAAGCCCCGCUUACAUGAAGGAUGACUCCAAGGCUUUGGAUGUCUCUAAAGCAUCUAAGGGCUCGUUAAAGGAUAUCUACAAGGUCUUCAACGGAGAAGGAGAGCAGAUAAGGGCCUUCAAGUGUGAGCACUGUCGGGUUCUUUUCCUAGACCAUGUCAUGUACACCAUCCACAUGGGGUGCCAUGGCUACCGGGACCCAUUAGAAUGCAACAUUUGUGGCUACCGCAGCCAGGACCGCUAUGAAUUCUCCUCGCACAUUGUUCGAGGGGAGCAUACGUUCCAUUAGGCCUUCACUUCCAAAGGGGACUCUGAAGUAGAAAAGCAAACAAAACACUGCACAUGAAGAAAUACUGCACUUACAAUCCCACUUUUCCUCAGACGUUGACACACCUUUUGUCAUUGCUAUUGCUGUUGCUCUUAUUUCUAUUUUUUUUAAAAAGAAAUGUUGUUAUUUUUGUUGCUAACCUUAUUCUGUGUAUCCACUCUCACUUGGCACCAUUGGUGAAGUGGGAAGGAAGGAAAGGAAGGGACCAGAGAAUAGUUCUAUUUAGUUUUGGGGUUUUUUUUUUUUUUGUUCUUAUCGUCAUUGUCUUUGCGUUUUGCUCUGAAAACUGGUGUUAACUUUUUAGUGGGAACUGAAAGGCAGUCUGUUUCUGUCACAAUAUUUUUUUCCCCAUACACUUUGUAAUACUGCAGGUACUACUAAACUCCACUAGAUGCUCUAAGAUCUAACAGCAGAUUGUCAGCUUUUGACAGGUUAAUGAUUUCAGGUAGAUACAUUUCAGAGAAAAGCCCUUUCAAAUAUGUAGAUAAAAGUUUGGGGUAACAGUCUGUUGGGUUGAAUUUUUUAUUUUGCUAAAUUGUCCAAAUGGGGAGGGGAGGAGCAGCGGUGAGGGAGGUCUCAUAUAAAUGCUAACCCAUAUUCUGUAGUUGUAGGAGCAGAAGCAAAUAACAAUAUUCACUCAGAAUUUACUUCUAGAGGCGAGCUACCCUCCCAGGGGCUAUGUUUCUGCAAUAUAAAUGUGUAUGUGUAACACUGAAUCAUAUAACAGAAGCUUGAUUUUAGGUAUGAAUUGACAUCUUCGGGACAUUGGAAGUCCUACAGUCUUAUUUUUACUUAUUCUAACAUGCACUUUUUAAAAAGAAAAGAAAAGAAAACUGCUGGACUACUGGUAUCCACUUCUGGAAUAAAUACUGAUUUCCCAUUGUUAUACAGGCACUCAGCCUUAAUUAUGUGGGCCCUAUGUACAAAGAAAAACCUUUUCAAAUCUAGUUGUUUGUUGGGGGGGGUUACAGUUGGUCUCUUAUUCAGAAGUAAGCUGCACUUAGUACUAUAGGUGUUUACUCCUUAGUAAGUGUGCUUACCUUAGGAAUGCAGACAAUUGAUAUGUAACAAAUUCUGCUGCUUUAGAAUCUCAGAUAUACUAAUCGCAAAUGAAUUUUAAUUGUGAAAGCUUUUUUUUAAAAUUUUCUGCAGUGUUAACCACUUAGCGGCCAUCUAAACCAAGGCUUAGAAUUAAGAGAGAACUAGAGGUUGGUCUUCUGCAAGUUUGCUCUUUGGAUUUGCUAAUGUAAUCCUGAUCUUACUACCGUGAUUGAUGAUCCACGGUUGUUAUUCUGAAUCAACAGUUCUGGUUUACAUAGGCAGGAAUUUCCAAGGAAUGUAAGAGCUACUUUGCACAUGCCACUUUUUCUGGAAAAGUUGAUGGGGGGAGGGGGGGAAACUCACGGAUAGUUUAUUUUGUCCCAUGUACACUUUUGCAGCUACAGUGUGUAGUAGCUUCAAAAUACGUAUAUGUAUAGCAAGACAGAGAGUUGUUUUAUGCACAGUAGUGUAUGUAAGGAGAAAUGAUUUCUCCAAACUAUUGAGGAAAAGUGUCAUGUCUGAAGCAGCUUUAAUCUUAUGCAUGCACCCAUGCACCAUGUUUGCAAUCUUGGGUCAUAAUCUCAGGUUACUCUUCCUGGAGUUUAUAAUCAUUUGGGGAAUUCUGCUUGUAGUUGCCAGAGAUAAUGACCUCUUAUUGUUUACAUGAUCACUUAUGUCAAGAUGAAACAGAACUGAGCAGAGAGCCCUGAAUUAUCCAGAGGUUUAGUUUCUUGACUGACAACUCUCUUCAGCUUCCAGUUAAUCCCUUGAUCGUAUUAGCAAAUGAAAGAUUAAAGUGCAUUAAGAGGUUACAGAUUUUGAGGUUGUGGUUGUGUAAACAAGCCCUCUGUUGACUGUAUACAUUAGGUGAGCUAAGGAUCUAGAGUCAGAACUUCAAAUUUUAUUUUAUUUUAAAAAUUAUUUGCUUAGUGAUAUCAGUUUGUUGUUUUAAUCAGAGGCUACCUCACAUUUUUCUACAUCCUUAGUUGCUUUCCCAGUUUUGGUGUAGAGAUCUUUGCACAUCUUCUUGUGGAACGGCAGACAGAGUAGAUAACAACACAAACAUGCUAUUGAUGAGGGCAAGUUCUAAAAUGGUUUCUUAACUCUUGAGAAAAUUAUUGACAGUGUUUGGUUUGGUUGAUAGUAUAUGUUUGAACGAGACAAUACAUGGAAAUCAGAUGAUUUUAUGGCUAUUUUCCAUCAUUUGAUGGGCUAAUGCAGAAAUUAAUAAAGUCUUAAUUAAUAAACUAAUCUACAAUUCAAUACAAAUUAGCUUAGUGAUGUAAAGUACAAAUUUUCUGGAUGGCCAGUUCUACUCAUAUUUGCAUGCCAGGGAUAAUUAGUUGUAUCCAGCUGUGUCUGCCUAUAGUGGAGCAGACACUGCUGGUGUAAUGAAUUCCAUGUCCACCUGUAGAACCUCCAACUCUGUAGGCUUCCCCAAUACCAGAACACAUUUGAGGGACAUAGAGGAGUGCAGUCGGCCCUUCUUAUACACAGAUUUUUUUAUACACGGAUUCAAGCAUCCACGGUUUGAAAA